AUGGACGACUUCACCUCCCUUGAGCUCCUGUCUCUGGUCUCCAAAGUCACCUCCGAACUCCAGAAUCAUCUCGGGAUCAACGACAAAACACUUGCCGAAUUCGUCAUCGACCAACAUGAAAAAUGUGGCGGAAAUUUGCCCCAGUUCAAGGAGGCUCUGGCAGGCAUGGGCGCAGAGUUUCCAAACAGUCUGGUGGAGAGCAUCGAUCGUUUGAUUUUGACGAUGCAUCCUAAAUACAAAGGCCGGAAACAAGAGUCUGCGCCGAAUCAAAAGUCGGAUAUGGAGGAGCUGGAUGACAUCAGUCGCAAAGCCAGAGUCUUCAAGGGUCUGGCUGUGCCAGACCAAGAACGACUGUGGGACGACUACGAAGAUGAUAUGGUUGGACAGAAAACCAUCGACGAGACUCGACCGUCUGACGUUGGGACGCCGGAAGAUGACACUUUUGCUCUCCUAGAAGGCCUUGCGGGAAAACCAGUGAAUGGCACAAACGGCACCAGCGACAAAGGCCGGAAAAGGAGUCGCAGCCCCGACGGAGACGACUACUCGAGAGGGAGGAAACCGAGACAGAAGUAUUCGUCUCGAAGUCCUAGUCCUCAACGGGAGAAGAGAUCACGGCGAGAUCGAGGCGAAGACUAUGACAAACGAGACGACCGCUACAGAGAUCGACGUGAUGAGAAAAGAAGUGGCAACCACAGAAGCAGACGGCACGACUAUGACGACGACGACUUCAAGAAACCUCCGCCACGGGAGGUAGAUGAGUCUCCCAUACUGUAUAAGGUUUACGACGCUGUCAUCAACGGAAUGAAAGAUUUCGGCGCUUUUGCCAACCUGGAAGGGGUCAAGGGGAAUCCCAGUGGUUUGAUUCAUGUCUCGGCAAUCCAAGACGGCGCCCGAGUGAAUCACCCCUCGGAUCUCUUGUCGCGCGGUCAAGUUGUCAAGGUGAAAGUUACCAAGAUGGAAAACAACAAAAUCAGUCUUUCGAUGAAGGAGGUCGACCAAGUGUCUGGUCAGGACUUGGUUCCAGCUAGGAGGAUUGCUUCGGGUGCCAAUAUGGAACGAUUGAACGGUGGCCCAUCCAUUGAUCGCUACGGAAAUCUAAGCAGUUCUGUUCCUGUGAUUGAAGAGGUCUUCAUUUCCAAACCCAGCAGGAACAAAAAGAGAAUGACCUCGCCUGAACGGUGGGAAAUCAAGCAGCUCAUUGCCUCCGGGGCGAUAUCUGCCCAGGAUUACCCGGACAUCGAUGAGGAGUAUCAUGCAACCUUGAAUGGGGAGGGCCAGUUCGAAGAAGAAGAGGACAUCGACAUUGAGGUCAAGGAGGAAGAACCUCCUUUCCUCGCCGGUCAAACCAAACAAUCUCUUGAGCUGUCCCCUAUAAGGGUAGUGAAAGCUCCAGAAGGCUCACUAAACAGGGCGGCUCAAGCAGGAACAACACUAUCAAAAGAGCGCAGAGAACUCAAGCAACAGGACGCGGCUGACAGAGCCGCAGAGGAGGCUUCCAAGAUUGAUCUGAAUGCACAAUGGCAGGACCCCAUGAUCAGUCCCGAGCAGCGUAAAUUUGCGGCAGAUCUCCGACAAGCUCAACAACAAUCCUCGCGAGCGACCGCAGCCGUACCGGAGUGGAAACGCGCGGUGCAGAGCAAGGACCAGUCGUUUGGUAGGAGGACGAAUAUGACCAUCAAACAGCAGAGAGAGUCGCUCCCUGUGUUCAAAUUUCGGAACCAGCUGUUGGAUGCCGUUGCUGCAAACCAGCUGCUUAUCGUGGUUGGUGACACAGGGUCUGGAAAAACAACCCAACUCACACAAUACCUCGCCGAAGCAGGCUAUGCCAACCAUGGAAUCAUCGGGUGCACGCAACCUCGGCGAGUGGCUGCAAUGUCGGUGGCAAAGCGUGUCUCGGAAGAGGUGGGUUGUGAACUAGGGAAAGAAGUCGGUUAUACCAUCCGUUUCGAAGAUCGAACUUCACCAGAGACCAAGAUCAAAUACAUGACCGAUGGUAUGCUCCAGAGAGAGAUUCUGCUGGAUCCGGACAUCAAAAGGUACAGCGUUAUCAUGUUGGAUGAAGCCCACGAGAGAACCAUCGCCACUGAUGUUCUUUUUGGUUUGUUGAAGAAGACGCUCAAAAGACGCCCUGACCUGAAACUGAUUGUGACGUCGGCCACACUCGACGCUGAGAAGUUCUCGGAAUACUUCAACCAAUGCCCCAUAUUUUCCAUUCCUGGGAGAACGUUCCCCGUGGAGAUCAUGUAUUCACGAGAGCCAGAGGAGGAUUAUUUGGAUGCGGCGUUGACUACUGUCAUGCAAAUCCACCUGACUGAGCCGCCGGGCGACAUUCUGCUGUUUUUGACCGGACAGGAGGAAAUCGACACCAGUUGCGAGGUUCUAUACGAGAGGAUGAAGGCGUUGGGGCCUUCUGUACCGGAACUGAUCAUCUUGCCCGUCUACUCUGCCCUCCCCAGUGAGAUGCAGAGCCGGAUUUUCGACCCUGCGCCGCCGGGAAGCAGAAAAGUCGUCAUUGCUACCAACAUCGCGGAAACAUCCAUCACAAUCGAUCAUGUCUAUUACGUGAUCGACCCCGGAUUUGUCAAGCAGAGCGCCUACGAUCCCAAGCUUGGAAUGGAUUCUCUGGUCGUCACUCCAAUCUCGCAAGCGCAGGCGAAACAGCGAGCCGGUCGUGCAGGCAGAACGGGACCUGGCAAGUGCUUCCGGUUGUAUACCGAAGCAGCGUAUCAGUCGGAAAUGUUGCCCACUUCGAUCCCGGAGAUUCAACGUCAGAACUUGUCCAACACCAUCCUCAUGCUCAAAGCCAUGGGGAUCAACGACCUUCUGCACUUCGACUUUAUGGACCCUCCACCCACCAACACCAUGUUGACCGCACUUGAAGAACUCUAUGCUCUUUCGGCCCUCGACGAUGAAGGCCUCCUGACCCGUCUCGGGCGUAAAAUGGCCGACUUUCCCAUGGAACCAGGCUUGUCUAAAGUUCUGAUUGCCUCGGUUGAAAUCGGAUGUUCGGAGGAAGUGCUCACCAUCGUUGCCAUGCUUUCCGUGCAAAACGUCUUCUAUCGGCCGAAAGAGAAACAACAACAAGCCGACCAGAAGAAGAGCAAAUUCCACGACCCCCAUGGCGACCACCUUACCCUUCUGAACGUAUACAAUGCAUGGAAGCAAUCUCGAUUCAGCGACCCGUGGUGCUUUGAGAACUUCAUCCAGAAACGUCAGAUUGGAAGAGCGCGAGAUGUCAGACAACAACUGGUCAACAUCAUGCAGCGGUACAAGCACCCGAUCGUGUCGUGUGGUCGCAACACCAUCAAAGUGCGCCAGGCAUUGUGUUCUGGCUUCUUCCGCAACUCGGCGCGCAAAGAUCCUCAAGAAGGCUACAAGACGCUCAUCGAAGGCACCCCUGUAUACAUGCAUCCCAGCAGCUCGCUGUUUGGUAAACCGGCCGAGUAUGUGAUUUUCCAUACUCUGGUGCUCACGACGAAAGAAUACAUGCAUUGUGCGACUGUGAUUGAACCAAAGUGGCUUGUCGAAGCAGCACCGACGUUCUUCAAGGUCGCGCCCACAGAUCGUCUAAGCAAACGGAAAAAGGCCGAACGGAUCCAACCCUUGCACAACAAAUUUGCGGGAGAGGACGAUUGGAGGCUGAGUGCACAGAAGAGACAGGGGAGAGGCGGCGGAGGUGGGACUUGGGGUUAA